GGCGUUAGAGCAAGUCAGAGUGGGAGUGAAAGAGCACCAGACAGCAGGGUGCAGAGAGAGAGAGAGAGAGAGGGGAGUGUAUGUGUGUCCAGAGAGAGAGAGGACAGAAAGGCAGCUAGAGAGCUCGAGGGAGACGAUAGAGUGGGAGCUAUAGAGUGCUAGAUAAUGGAGGUGCAGUCGGAGUGUGUGGAGCCUCCUGUGGCCCCUCAGUGUGACCCUCAGCCCACAGGAAAGAUCAACAAAGCUGCCUUCAAACUCUUCGGAAAGCGACGCACCGGCUCUGGAAUGGCCAGCUUUUUCCCCUUCAGGAACAAAGGGGCUACAAACAGUGGGAACAACGGGAAUUCUGACAAUGGGAAUUCUUUGAAUGGAAAUGGCUCAGCAGCAUCAGUGGAGCUCGUUAGGAGCAAAACCCAUGAUGGACUAACGGGCUCUAACAAUGACACUGAUGGACAGAGAGGGGAGGGGCUUGCUAGCCUGGAGGCGGGACCGGUGAGGUCUCUAAGCAAAUCGCUGAGUUUCUUCUCUCUACUCCGACGUGGGAGUUUUAGGUCGAGUGAAAAUGGAGGGGCGGGUCUUGUCAGAAGAGGGAGGGGCCUAAAGGGCUUUUUUAGCAGCAUGCGAUGGAGACGCAAGGAAAAAACAAACGAGGGAGACGGGGAAGAGGUGGAAGGCAAGAAGGAGAAGGAUGGGGAUAUUGCCGACUCUGAAAACGUAAAGGAUAUUACGCUCACCCUUGAACCACCUCCGCAUCAUCAGCAAGAGGAUUGUGGGAAUGCAGAGGCAGAGCCUAACCUAGAGACUCCCACUACUAGUGUUACCAUGACACCCCCACACUGUGUUUCCAUGCCAGGGCCAUCUGGUGAGCCAGACUCCCCCUUUCCUUAUACACCCACUGACUCGCCACUACGCCCUCCCAUCCAAAAAGCCAAAGCCUCAAUUUCCAGCCUCACCCCCUCCCUCGCUACACCCCCUUUGGAUCGCUGCAGCACGGGUGACCCACCCUCAGAGCCCUCGGUAGACCGCCUCUGCUCUCUUCUCUUCACUGACGUCACAUCCCUCAAGAGCUUUGAUUCACUGACAGGUUGUGGUGACAUUAUUGCUGAUGCAGACGAGGAGGGGCCAGCGGGUAAUGGGGGCAGUGGCACCAGCAGCAGCAGCAGUGGGGGAGGAGGGGUGAGUGUGGGAGCGGGUGUUGGGAGAGCUGUUGUUAUCCCCAGUGUCACGUCUCGUGGCUCCCCAUCCAAAACCCCACUACCUUCCCAGCUGACCCAGCCCAUGUUCUCUGUUUCCCCGAGCUCAGUGCCUAUCUCCCUCCCAGCCCGGGCCCGGGCACCGCCUCCACCUCAGCAGCACCCAGCCGGUAGUGGUGUGGUGGCCUACAUGGGCGGAGGGGAAGAAAUGGCAAGUCCAGAAGGAGUGGAUGAUGCAGACAUGCAGGGGCUCUGGCACAUGCUGCCCUCCACAGGGGACAACUCCCCUGCUUUGCCCAGAUCACACCAACCUCCCUCUACUACCCCCACUUCCACUUAUCCCCCUCAUGCCACCUCCAGCCUUGCCAGCAGCCACCUGCCCUCAAUACCCAGGAGUUCAGACCGAAAGGUACCACAGGUGAAGGCAUUGGGGCUCAGUAAGAUUCCAGUAGUUGGUGGAGCAGGAAGCCGGGCAGCUAAACCCCCCCUCCCUCACACACAUGGCCGUCAUCCCACAUCACCUGGUGAAAAAGAGCCACUUAGUGAUGAGGGCUACUGGGACACACCCUCUGCAACACCCACAGCAACACCUGAUGAAAGUGGGCUGCAGCGUAAUCAGAAGAUGGCCCUAUUACGCGACAGUUGCUCUGGAGACCACCUGUACGACCUCUACAAUGACCCUGAAGAGGAAGGAGAGGAUGAAGAGCAGGAGGGAGAUGAAGAUCUAAACAGUACUCCCUCUCCAUCAACUGAAUACAAACUGAGCCCCACCUCCCAGACAUCUCCUCCUUCCUCCUCCUCCUGUUCCUCCUUCCGGUCAAUGAAAGGCAGCACCAGCCUUCCUCGGGAAUCCAAGAUCCCAGUAAGCACCAGACAAACCCCACCUCCCCACUCUGUAAGCCAGUCAGCCCUGUCCUCUGUUCUAGAGGCCGAAUCCCCUCCGCCAAAGACCCAAGCGCCUCCCCCGGCUCGCACCAGGAUCCCUGUAUCCAAGGUGCCCGUCCGUCGUUCUGGAAACAAACCUGGCAGCACAACCAGAGGAACUGCCCACAAGAAGUAGUUCCUGUCAAACGGGUGGUUCUCUCCUACUAACAUAUGGACUUGAGUGUACAUCACUUCAGUACUGUUUAUGCAGAGCCAAAAGUUUUCCCAGACCAAGAAAAAUGCUGAGCUGUAGAGUUAACGGCCUAUAAAUUCCUCUUAAAUCUUAAAAGCUCUCAUUCCUUAAGUGUUUUGGCUUACGACAGGCUAGAAUAGAAUAAGUGGUUUUGUUCACUUCAGAAAGUCACGAGGAGACUCCAAAAAGCUGGGUUAACACUUCACAGCUCUCACUGGAACUUUGGAGGUUGACUCUUGACAAUCCAUGGACUCGCAAUAGACACAUUUGCCUUGUAACUUCCUGGAAAAGCUCCUGACCUGCUGAGAGUUUGAAUGCUCAUGACUGCACACUGCAAAAAAAAAAAAGAAGCAGAGCACCUUUUUAUCUUUUACAUUUUCUUAGGGAGUUCUACAUGGCAUAACAUGAUUUGCGCAUAAGGACCUAAUCUAAUCAAAGUUUUUUUCUGAGUUUGUCAUCUUGUCUAAUCUGUAACAAAUUACCUCCUAAUCCUUUGCUUUUAGAGCCAAAGUAAAAAAAACAACAACCCAGUCUUCAUUUCACAGCCUCUAAUAAUCUUGAACAAAGUCAACAGUAUCUACAUCCUGGAAUAACCCACCAUUUUUGUUGGCACACUGAUUAGAAAUGGUAUGUGCAAAUAUACAAAUGAACACUGAGAUCUGAAACGGUUUUAUUACUUACCUACUUUGAAGCUACAAAUGUGGCAAAGCUGCCCUGCAGAAGGCCACACAAUAUCUUAUGUUUUUUGGAGGGGGAGACCUCCUCUGUUUUGACUGGUUAUUUUUUUUAUUGUGGAUGGACUAAGUUUGGCUUCAGCCUGUUGCAUUUGGAUCUCACUUAUACCACACCGAAUCACCCAAAAUAGAUCCAUAGGAUUUCAAUCUCUGGGAUUUACAACUGUUGAAUUACCAAUGGAAACCUGCAAAACUAUCGCAAUACGCAACCUGGAGGGAUCCCUUGCACUGAUGCUUCAAUACACACAAACACACACACACACACACACACACACACACACACAUGCACACACACAGCACACAUGCAUACAAAAUCAUACAUGCACAUAAACAUUUUCUCUCCCUCACCGCAUGCAGUGCCACACAUACAAGGCACAAAGGUCAGGGAACAUCAUCUAAUACUGAAUGAUCUGAGUUACACACACUGUUCAGCCUUUGGCACUGUCUUUGUAGCUACACUGGAUGACUUUCUUCUCCAAGGACACAUGCAUAAACAACCAGUUUUUUCUAGUUAGUGCUUUCUUCUUCACUGGAUUUCAUACUGUUUUUAUAGUGUCCUCCUUUCUUAGUCAUACUGCACAGAUCUUAAACUGUGAUCGCACCAGCUUAAUACUCUGCUUUCUGUUCUUUCUGUUCUUCUAUAUUAAUAUACUGUACAGGCUGAUGUGAGUGGAUGACAGGGAGGCAUCCUUGCUGUCAACCAGUUUUAGAGAGCCAGAACAUGCCUGCAAGUGUUUUUUAAAUAGGCUGUGACCCAAAAAAAGAAAGACAAGGAAAUUCUGUCAGGGUUUCAGAUAAAGAAAAGAGUCACUUAAUUAACUGGAUCUCAGCCUAUAAUACAAAGCAAAAUUUGGGGACUAAUGCUAUAUCAGUUUAGAGUCCUUCACCCUUAUUCUCCUGGCUGUUGUACUAAUAAACAUUGUACAACUUCAUUCUAGGAACCACCACAGCUGUGUGUGAAUCUGAAUGUAGCUUGAUAUCAUUGUAGAUCAUUGGUCAGCAUAUAUUUCCAUGUUGGUCUAUUUUCCUCUUUGUCCCUCUUUUGUGGGGGCAAGACAAAUGGUGAAGUUUACUGUUUUAUAAGUCCCCCAUUGAAGACAAACUGCUGCACAGUGUUGCAGCCUUGCAAAGCACCACUUGUUUUAAGAAUGAGGGGGUGUAUUGCAGCCCUAAAAGGCCUUUGUCAGUGAUUCAGUGAGACAAGUUACAGGGAGCAGAGUGUUCCCUACCCUUCAGUUAAAGAGAGGGGUUUUCAUAGGAAAAGUUAUUCGAGAUGAUGCAAGUUUUCUCUAAUCCUAACCACAAGGGUACCAAUGACCCUUGAGGGUCAUUCUAGUUCAUAAUAGCUUUCCAUCUCAUUUAGAAUGGGAAGAUUGAUCCACAGCACUGCUCCAGGUUCAGAUAUCUUUUCAGUCUCCUGUAGUGUAGGACAGGCCAUGGGGUAACCUGAUCCCAGGUCUGCAGUAAGUGUGUUUCUCACCCAAUACAAAGGGCAGGCUAAAGGUCAUUUGGGGAGCAGAGAAUGAUCAUGUCUGUCCAUGUUUUCUCUGCCUACACUGUGCUCUUUUGAUUUAUUAUGCAAUCACUUUCAUUCUCCCUUUCUUGGAGUGCUGAUUGACAUAAGAGUGAUUCGAUGGAAAGGGAUGGUGACAUAAGCCUUAUGUCACCCAAAAAGUUACCUUAUGUCAUAAUCAGAAUCAGAAUCAGAAUCAGAAAUACUUUAUUGAUCCCCGUAGGGAAACUCUUUGUUCCAGUAGCUCUUCUUUACGUCAGUGCACACAGGAGAAAACGAUAUUAUACACUAUAAACAGGUCAGAAAUAAAUUAAGUAACAUGUUGGUAUAAGUAUAAGAUAAACUAAGUGUCGAGUACCAAGUGGGUUUACUGGUAGAUGGUGAAGUACAGUAUAAAUACAAUGUCACUAAUUGUGUAAUAAAUAAUAGUAAUAAUGUAACUUUUUGGGUGAUUGAGAUGAGCACCAACCUAACCUAACAGCAGUGGUGAUUCUUGUGGGUUAUUGACCAAAACAGUUGCCUGAAAAUAAUGAUUUUACUCUAUGAAUGGGAAACCAGACCAAUCAAAUGAUAUUAAUAUUAAGAUUAAGGGAGAGUAGGCACCUAUGAACUGGACAAGAAGUGAUCAUUAUGCGUCAUAGCAGAUUUUGUUUAAAUAUGGCGUCCUCCUCUGCUGAUGUCCCACCUGCCACAGUUGGGUGUGUAAAUGGAAGUUGUUUCUCUGCUUCUUCCAAGUAUGAGUAAGUAAUGACAUCAACCACAGAGGCCACCAUAUUGGCACCCGGCUCAGUUCCUUGUUUUUUUCUUUCCAGACUGAUACUUCUCUCUUUUAUUUCUGAUUACAAAUCAUUCGCUGCGAUAAAAAGCACAUUAUGUUUUCCUUAUUUUUGUUACCGUCUGUCUGUUCACAGUGUGAAAUCUUUCCACUUUUCAUAUUUAAUGAAUAAAACUGUUUGCGCUGA